UGUGUGUGAGGGAGACAGCGAAAUGGCUGCGCAGGUCGCUGCAGUACGCGCCGUGUCUCGGGGCGCGGAAGAGACGCCUUCGCUGCCACUCGGUGACCGGCCUGGUCGACCGAGGGGAGGGGGGAGGAAGCGGAAAGGUCCACUUGGGGAUGUCGGGAGCUGCAAGAGGGCUAAGUUGAGCCAGCCCCCGCUUGCAGUGAGGCCCUCUCAGGCAGAGCCGCUGCCACCGGCCUCCGUUCCCGGCCUCCCAGCGGCUCCUGCCGUGCCUUCCGCUCCCGCUGGGCUUUUCACUUUCUCCCCGCUUAGCCUGCCCCCGCAGGCCUUGCACUGCGAGCGGCGACACCACCACCGACAUCGGCAUCGUCCGGACAGUGGCGACUCGGAGCCCGGACGUUCCUCUGGGGAGAAGCCCCACAAGGGUAGGCGGGGAAGCUCUGGUGAUGGGGCUCUUGGGCGGCCCAGCAAGCGAGAAACCCGAGAUGAAAAUGGCAAGACAGAAAGAUCUGACAGUCUUAUUGUAAAGAAAAUAAAGAAGAAGAAGAAAAAGAAACACAGAGAAGACAUGAGAGGGAGGCAUCUGAAAAUGUACAACAAAGAAGUACAGACGGUGUGUGCUGGUCUUACCCGUAUCAGCAAAGAGACUUUGACUCCAGGGGAGAGUGAUAAUUUGGAAGAGAACAAGGAAUCUUUUAGGUAUCUAAAAGAUGAACAGCUGUGUCAGUUGAAUGUGGGCAUGCAGGAAUAUAGGAUACCCCAGGGGGUACAGUCUCCAUUUACUACCCACCAGGAGCAUUCUGUUCGCAACAGCUUCUUAAAAACAGGCACUAAAUUUAGUAAUUUUAUUCAUGAAGAACAUCAAUCAAAUGGAGGAGCUCUGGUUCUUCAUGCCUAUAUGGAUGAACUCUCAUUUUUGUCUCCAGUGGAGAUGGAGAGAUUUGCAGAAGAGUUUCUUGCUUUGACAUUCAGUGAAAAUGAGAAAAAUGCAGCUUAUUAUGCUCUAGCUAUAGUUCAUGGGGCAGCUGCAUACUUGCCGGACUUCUUGGAUUACUUUGCUUUCAAUUUUCCCAGCACUCCAGUGAAAAUGGAAAUCCUUGGCAAGAAAGAUAUUGAAACAACCACCAUUUCAAACUUUCACACUCAGGUAAGAGAAAUUACUCCAAGAUGCCUAAAUUUGAAUCUGGUGUUGAUGAGAUGA